AUGGCGCAGCAAAAACUCAAUGUGUCUCAGGAUGUGGAGGACUUCUUCUCGGCAAAAUCCGCGCAUGGCCCGCCUAAGUUAUCUGGUCUUAUCAACCUUCUUCGACAUCUUUUAACACGGAUUUCCAAGCUUGCCAUUGUUGUUGAUGCAUUGGACGAGUGCGCCAUCGGCCCACAAGCAACUCAGGCAUAAACAAAGUCAAUCUUUUGGUUGUCAGCCGGGACCAUCUCAACAUAAAGUCCCAGUUUGAGGGACUGCCCAGUUUUGGAGUUCAGAAGAAGGACGUUGCGAAGGAUAUCGAGCUAUACAUCUCCCACGAGAUUAAACGAAAUGGAAAGUUGAAACGUCUAUCUAGCUACAUUAAGGACCAGAUUGUCGACGCUCUAGUAAAGGGAGCUCUAGGAAUGUGCGUGCUCACUAUUAUCCCUUAGAUUCAGCGGGCAAUUCUGAUGACUUAUAAAGGUUCCGUUGGGCUAGAUGCUGCUUAGACCAGAUUAGUAAACUCAGAAGCGAUAGAGCCAUCAAAUCCGCUCUAGAGUCACUUCCCCCAACCCUGGAUGAAACGUACGAAAGAAUUUUAUGCAACAUAGCAGACGAGGACCGCGAGCUUGCGCUAACAGUGUUUCGAUUCCUGGUAUGCGGCAGCAACCGGGACUUUACGCUUUCCGAGAUCAGAGAAGGUCUAGCGACAGAAAUUGGAUCCAAGCGGAUGAAUCCAGACAAUAGGCUUAAUGAUGAAGAAGAUAUUCUAGACAUCUGCGGUGGGCUUGUUGAUAUAAAUGAGAAGGACAUAGUGGGAUUAGCACACUUCUCGGUAAAGGAAUAUUUGGCGUCACCGAAUUUGGCUACUAGCAAGAGCAAAGCUUCAUACUACUAUAUCGACGAAACCCUAGGAAAAAUUGAGCUCGCGAAGAUUAUAUACACGUAUCUACUCCUCGAUGAUUUCAGCACAGGCCCUUGCAGCACUAUCGCUGAAUUUGAUCUCCGCAAGAGAGAGUACCCCCUAUUUCUGCUCGCUGCCCAGCACGGCUGGAGUGUCUCGGCCAGUUACCAAUAUGGUUCAGACAAGGUCCUUGACGCCCUGCUUGCACAAUUUUAUAGUAAUGAUAACAAUCCGAAUUUCAUUUCAUGGCGGCAGGCGCACCAGUCCACUCCUAAGGACAUCACCGACUAUUUGGAACCACAGCGCUCCUCAACAGCUACACUAUACUAUGCUUCCGCACUUGGUCUCUGGCAACUAAUUAAAGGGAUAAUUGGUGGAGGGGCUGAUGUUAAUCAUUACGGUGGCAAUCCCCCCACCCCGCUCCAAGUUGCAGCGGCUACUGGGCAGGCCAAAACCGUUAAAGCUCUCCUAGGACAUGGUGCAAGUACAGCACCGAUACGUGACUCGGACGCAAUGAUGUGCGCAGCGGGAUCUGGCCAUGCAGACUGCGUAAAGUUACUUAUAGAAGCCGGUGCAACAAGCCAUUGCCCGGAUCGUGGCCUUUAUGGCGCAGCUAUGCACCGGGCCUAUACCAAUGGGUUUGAGGAUGCCUAUAAUGCAAUUCUGUGUUCGGAGCAUUACAGAAGAUCUGAGGAUAGCAGGCCCUUCUGCCUCAUGAUAUAUGAAGCUGCGAGCCAGGGGUUCGGCCGAUCCACGGAGAUACUCAUAGAGAGAUAUGGCUCCCGGAUCAUCAGCGACAAUAACGAGUUCCUCCCCACAACCCUAAGGACUUUUGCAGAGCAUGGGAGAACCAAAAUUCUUCAACGGUUAUUGCAGAAGCCGGAGGCUUUAGAAUUUCUUUCGAGAGAUAAAGUCUUUGUACCAGUGUUGGAGGGCGCUGUUUUCUACGGUCAGACGAAAACGGUGGAGUUGUUACUCAGAAAAAGGAAAGACUCGCGAGAAUUGGGGGUUUCAUUUCACCUUGCAAUCGCAAAGGGGUUUCCAAAGAUCAGGGAUAUGCUGCUUCGUGAAGGGGCAGAUCCGUGUGCUAAAGAUGAGCAUGGCUGGACUCCGAUGUUUUACGCCAUGCACAGUUCGAGGGAGGGCUCCGUUGAGGGAUUACUGGCAGUCCUCGGUGAUGUUGAGAAAUCGGAAAUUAUGAACAUCACAGGAAUGGGACCAGGGGGGUGGGAGGCUAUCGGUGAUGACUCAAUGGGGCUGAAGAUUAGCGAAGAUAGAUGUGAAGUUGAGAACAGUAAGUAACAUAGCUCCUAGCAGAUGUCCGAGCUAAUAUAUCCCCCAGUUUCGGCCUCUAAAAAACAGCUCCGGACAAAGUUCCCUAUCACUCCGGUCGUAGGCGACUACUACCUUGAGGUUCACAUAUUAAAGGGGGGAUCGACAAACUCUGCAAUCGGCUUCGUGGAUGCAUUGUGUCACUAUGUCUGUGAGGGCUCCACCAUCUACACUUCCAGCCUGGGAUGGGAUGUCCGUUCCUGGGCCUACCACCCAGGAUAUAUCCAUGGUGAAGAUUCCCCUGGGGCUAGAUCCGCUCCCAAUUUUACCACAGGCGACGUCAUAGGUUGUCAUUUUGAUCGAGUAAGAAGUGCAGUCUCGUUCACACUGAACGGGAAACGGGCCGGUAGGCUCUCUUUCGUUAUCCAAUUGGUUCUCACAGUACCUUACAGAUACAGGUGACCCCCUACCCGGGAUCCGCGGGAAAUUACAUCCAAUAAUCAGACUCACGCCUGGGGAUAAAUUUCGAACUAAUUUCGGCAGCGAGCCUUUCCUGCACAAGAUCCCCGAGCCGGCUGCCCCAGAGGCAUACAUCAAGGUGGGGGGAGGCUGGACCAAUUGGUUUGAUCAUCCAUAUGAGUGUUAUGAGUGA